CUUUGCUGUUGCGAGCAUGUGAGCAACACGAGCUUGCACACUUGCGCAGCAUGUUUGCUGUGAAAGCUGCAAAUGUGCGGUUGCUUUGGCCUUUGGCUUUUGCAAAAAUUUCAUGAGUUUCGCAAUUCGCUGCUGCAUUGCUGAGACAUGGCUACGAAUCCGCUUCGAAAAGUUCCCCCUGGACCUGGCCGCAAAAAGAAAAGGGAUAAAAGCUUUGAGUACAACCUGUGGAUUGGCAGCACAGCGUGCGUUGUUCUUGUUGGCUGUGCCAUAGCCUUGUUCGCUCCUAGCGCAGAUCUGGUCGAAGCACUUGUGAAUGACCCCAGCCUCGUAGCACAUGUGAAUCGCAACGCGCAGGGCUGGAAAGCAGCUGAAAGUCCUUUCUUCCAGGACUGGAGCUUGGGCGAUGUGCGGAGAUUGAGCGGUGUGAAAGUUUCGAACGCAGGUGUAUUGGCAGAGUGCACCUUGCCCGAUGUCACAGUGCCGCGAUCAUUUGAUGCUCGAGAGAGGUGGCCUCAUUGUUUCUCUGGAGUCUACGAUAUGGGCAAUUGUUCGUCUAGCUGGGCCAUUGCUGCCGUCAGCUCCAUGACGGACAGGCUUUGCAUUGCCCAGAAUGAGAGGCUUGAAUUGUCAGUGCAACAGCUUCUUUCGUGUGAUCAAAAGUUUGGGAAAGGCUGCAAUGGAGGUGCUCUGGACAUGGUUUGGAACUAUAUGAAGGAGGAGGGCUUGGUAAGUUCCACGUGCUUUCCUUACAAGGCUGACGCCCUUCCGUGUUCUUUCCAGUGCAACGAGGAGCCCAAGCGGCUCAGCUCCGCGUGUCGUCUCAGCACUGCAGAGCAGAUCCGUCGAGAGAUAUUCAUCAACGGCCCUGUGGUGGCCCCCAUUGUGCUUUGGAAUGACUUCUUGAUCUACAGGUCUGGAAUCUAUCAGGAGACUCGCACAGCGACUCCAUUGGUCGAAUCGGAGCGAGAACAGCAACUUCACGCAGUGAAGAUUAUUGGCUGGGGUGUGGACAGUGUGAAGAGCUUUCAGAAGGAGUAUUGGAUCAUUGAGAACUCAUUCGGAAAGGAUUGGGGUGAGAGUGGUUAUGCCAAGAUUGAGCUGAACGGAAAGAUCCUUCUUCCAGAGCUUGCCUUCGCGGGCACUCCCAUGAAUUCGAAGGUGGCCUUCUUCAACACAAGUGAGACAGAUGGAAGAAACAAGCAGGCGUAAAAAGGUUCGAGCGGGGUGACUAUGCGGAGUUUGUCGGUCUUCAGAGACGAUCAAAACACUCAUGAGU